AUGUAUAAACUAUCAUUUAUCCUAUUUUUUAUAACAAACUAUUUAUUCAUUAAAUCUUAUUCACAUUCAUAUUCAUAUUCAUAUUCAGAACAACCAAAGAGCAUUAAUAUUCAGUUUCAUAAUUAUAAUAAAUCUUCGAACAAAACAGAUCCUAUAUCAACUGCUGGCUCUUUUAUUCCUAAAGCAAAUGCAAAAGCUGUAUACAGUUUAGCUGGCCGCUGGAUAAAUGCGGGCUUCAAUAUUUCAUCAAUCUUUUGUCAUAGUGGGUCGAAUAUAUACAGUUUAGAUUGUGGAAAAAAUUCUCAAAAUUUAUAUAUAAUAUUUAAUGGUGUAUACCGAGAUCCUGUUGAAAUUAAGUAUCAUUCAGGACUUGUAAACCUAUUCGAUAUAUUUAUCAAAUCGAAUGAUAAUAAACAUGUGUUAUCAAAUAUUUUAAUAUGUAAAUUAGAAGCUAUUUAUACUCGACCAAAACAAUAUUCUCCGUAUCACUUAAGUAAAUCUGGUUUACUUGGUAUUAUAUUUUUAACUGCAUGUAUUGUUCUUACAUUUCUUAUUUGUGUUAUAUGGUUUUUUGUAUUAUAUUGUCGUCGAAUGAAAUAUGAACGAAAAAAAACCAAAGUUCAACAGGCACUUGCACGUUCAGUCCAAGAAAUACUUGAUAAAUCACCAAUUAUUAUAUUUGAUACAAAAAAUAAUGAAAUUACUGAUGAUGAUCCAAUGUGUGCUAUUUGCUUAGAACCAUUUAUUGAUAAUGAACAACUUCGAAAACUUAAAUGUUCACAUUAUUUUCAUGUUGCAUGUAUUGAUCCAUGGUUAUUAGCGCAUCAAAGUUGUCCACUAUGUAAUCAAAAUAUUUUAGAUGAUUUUAUUCCAACAGUAUCAGCGAAUGUUAAUAUACGAGAAGGUAUCAUUCGUACUUCACUCAUUCAUAUUGACGAAGAAUAUUUAUGA